CCUACCCCUCCGAGAUAUUGAAUCAUUUUAUGCUGCACUGACGCCACAAUGAGUGCUCAACCGUAUUGGCCCACUGAUAAUAGCAACUGAUUAAAUAUAAACUGUCGGUUACAGCUCGCUGAGCCUUUCCGUCCUUUUACUUCAAAGAGAAAUUUGUCAUUUGUCGUGUUUUAGAGCCAUGAGAAAUGUCGCGGUGGACAUUUCAAUUCUCUUUUGCAUUGCCCAUGUCUUGGUGGCAGAUCAGAGGGCACACCCGGGACGGGUACGGAGAGAACAAGCAUCGCGUAAGUUCUUUUUGUUAUAUUUUAUAUAGAACGCUUCUAGCUCAGUAUACUUUUCGCGUAACACGAAAGAUGUCAAGGACCUCAUGAGAGCAAUUUGUAGUUCGCUUGAGGUUUAAAGAUGUUAGAAUAAAUUCUUUUCCUUCUAUUGAGCAAGAAAACCUCAAACAGCUUCAAUUUUUGUUUCAAGUCAUUUGGUACGAUUAACUCUAAUGAACAGAGAAGGUACUUCACAUAUAUUAUGCAAGAGGGAUAAAAAAUAUUGUGUUUCAGUGUAGGAUCAAAUCAUAUGGCAGAAAAGGGGAGUCACGAUCUCACUCUGGCUAGCUCGGUUUUUACUAUUCACUUUGUUUUCGUACAGAGAGAAGGUCUGUUGUUUCGGUUUGCAAUAUUUUGUUUGCAGAUUUAUUCAUUUAUUCAAUUCAUAUUUAUUUGUUUUCUUUUUCUAUUUCAUAGUAAUUUAUUAUUUUUUGCCGUUGGCAACCUCAUUUUACUAUGUCCCCGCUGAAAUAGGCAAAUAGCGGAGGAGAAAGUCACCAUAUCUUGAUAGUGGAUUGCGGUGUUCAACGUUUCUUACUCAAAACUUCUUCAAGCUUGGUUGAUUUUCCUUACUUAGGUAUAAAAAUGAGCUUGAUUCAGCCUCUGCCUCCAGCUACAAAACCUUAAAAUGAUCUUUAUGCGAACCUUUCGUGACUUUUUUGGUGGUCUCUGUACUGUGACAAUAACCAUAUGCUAUAACAAAAAAGAUAACGAACUUUUGACUGGAGAGAAACAGAACCUUUCCGCUUUCUCUUCAAACUAAGUAAGCCAGUUGCCCUUACUUUUGGUUUUUGGUUACUGUAGUUGUUUUUCUUUUAAAUAAACGGUCUUUGUAAGAAAAAGUAAACCAGUACAUUUUUAAUACACUGUUUGGCAUUUCAUUCAUGUGUUUGCUUAACAACAGUGCCAUAAAGCCUUUCCAGUCUUUUGAUUUGUAAGCUAGUUUCCUUGCAGCGACACAACAACCAAGGCGUAGUAGCAGUGUCUGACUGAAGGUCACCUAAACCACAGGGGGUGAGGGCUAUAUUCUCUAUAAAAGCCUAUACGGGGAGGCUCCGCAUGAAAGAGGUUUUUCAGGCAUCAGGUAUUUAAAGGCUUGGGAUUUGAAAGAGUAGCUAGGGAAAUCUGUCAUUUCGGUAUUUCAAUAUGGCUCUUAAUAAAGUUUCUCGAACACUCCGUUCAUUGCUGUGGAAACUACAAGAAUCUUUUGAGCAAUUUAUUCAUAUUAAAAAGACUUUCCAAGUUACAGCAGAUGAAGAGAAUACAGUUUUCUUUUGUAGGUAUGUGAAAUGGGUACUAUUUGUCAAAGGUAGGCGAGGUAGGCGAUAGGGGUAUCUUUUUGUCGAGAAUGUAAAUAAACUGGGUAAUACAGACUUUUAGAUUCGGGGUCGAGAACGAGUACCAGAUUUGAUUUAAAGUUUUUUCGUGUAUUGUAAAAAAUAGAAACCCCGGAAUUCUUCAUUGUACUUCUUUUCACCAGAAAAGUUAGCACUGUUAACGUUCUUGAAGGAGGUUAAGACCUCUCUAGAUUGCAAAAUGCUAAAACGUCUAAGGGACCGGUCAUUAUUUAUCGCCUGGGGGGGGGUCGGAGGAUUUUGGGCUAAACACGAUGAAAUUUAGCCGAUGCCCCCUUUAAAUGUUAUUUUAUUGAAGUGAUCCCCCCUCAUAACUACAUAUAACUUUCGUGAUCCCCCAUGUCUUUGUACCCAUAUUCACCUUUCGACGUGUAUAUUUAGUGUUUUAAACGUUCAUAUACAGGUAGUAUUUCUAACUAUGAUGUACUUACAGCAUAAUAAAGCCGUUAUCGCGCAGUCUUUUUUUAAAAGUGUCUCUUGAUCCGUGUCUUUUGCUAGUCUGGAUCCAGACAUCUGAAUUCAGUUGACAUACAAGCAAUCUUGCUUAAAACUGCAAAGUGCUUGAAACUGCAAAGUUACUUUUUUUAGAGUGCCAAAUAGCAGUCCGCCAAGUCCCUAUCAGCAGGUCAUAUUUAGCGACAAUUCGGCCAUCUGGAAGGGCUAGGAUCGGCCACUGUUCCUGUCUCCUUUUUUUUUGUCAUCUAUAGUGUAAUGGAUCAGCCUUUGUAGCUUUGCUCACAUUUUGUAAUUUUUUUUGUUCGUUUUUUUGUUUGUUUUCUUUUUGUUUUCCCUUUUUUUUUCAUCCAGUGUUUGCUUGUACAGUAACUUCAGCUAUUUGGUCAUCUGGUACAAAAGUUAAAACUGGCAUACGAACAGUUGACUGUUCAUCGAGAUCAGCAAUGACAAGAUCAACUUCGCUAUCCUCGUCGUCAUCUAACUCCGUAUCUGAUUCUUCACUGUCUUCCUCACUGCUGGACAACUCAUUCCCGUUGCCUGGACUUCUCUGUCGAUAGUAAUGGUAGUAGCACAUUUGAGUGGUCCUCCCUCUGAAUCCUUCCAAAAUUUUCAGUGAUCCCCCCCUUUUGGGCUCUCAGUUACGACUGAUCCCCCCUCUGUUCUCCUAAAAAUCAAGUGAUCCCCCCCAAAAUCCUCCGACCCCCGCUAGGUGAUAAAUAAUGACCGGUCCCUAACAUUUGAUAACUUAUUCCCGCCAUUACGACACUCUCGCUGCGUUUUCCCGCCAAAAUGACGCUGGUUCAAGUACGAGCACUACUUAUUAGAGAGUUUUAGAUCCGAGUUUACCGCGAACCUCUAACCGCUGGAGGUCACGUGACAAGUCUUUCGCGUCACGUUUGAGGUUUACAACGUGCGUUUUCAACGUGGGGAGCUGGGUUUUCACGUAUGUCAUUUACCUGAAAGCUUUUAGCGUAUAAUUAUUGUUUCAUCCCACGUAAUGAUACAAAAAUCUUGUGGAGCAAGUCUUUAUACAUUAACAGAGGCACAAAUUCGGGCGAAAUGCUAAAUUUGAUAAAUCCUAUUGGAUCUUGAAAACAAGUGCCAUUCAUGACUGCUGAUUCAAAAUGGCGGCCGUAAAAUUGCAAGAAGAACUAAUGUAAGAAUUUACAGCUCUUUGCUGCUAGAUAACCCAGUGUUGCCGUAAAUUUCUUUUAUUUUCACUGAUUAAUUUUUCUUCUAUUUCUAAAUGGAAUAAUAAACCAGAAUCCACUUGUUUAAUCCACCGCCAAUCUAAAUCGAAUUAUGUUUGAACGUCGAACCGCAAACGGGUAAGGGACCGGUCAUUAUUUAUCACCUAGCGGGGGUCGGAGGAUUUUGGGGGGGAUCACUUGAUUUUUAGGAGAACAGAGGGGGGAUCAGUCGUAACUGAGAGCCCAAAAGGGGGGGAUCACUGAAAAUUUUGGAAGGAUUCAGAGGGAGGACCACUCAAAUGUGCUACUACCAUUACUAUCGACAGAGAAGUCCAGGCAACGGGAAUGAGUUGUCCAGCAGUGAGGAAGACAGUGAAGAAUCAGAUACGGAGUUAGAUGACGACGAGGAUAGCGAAGUUGAUCUUGUCAUUGCUGAUCUCGAUGAACAGUCAACUGUUCGUAUGCCAGUUUUAACUUUUGUACCAGAUGACCAAAUAGCUGAAGUUACUGUACAAGCAAACACUGGAUGAAAAAAAAAGGGAAAACAAAAAGAAAACAAACAAAAAAACGAACAAAAAAAAUUACAAAAUGUGAGCAAAGCUACAAAGGCUGAUCCAUUACACUAUAGAUGACAAAAAAAAAGGAGACAGGAACAGUGGCCGAUCCUAGCCCUUCCAGAUGGCCGAAUUGUCGCUAAAUAUGACCUGCUGAUAGGGACUUGGCGGACUGCUAUUUGGCACUCUAAAAAAAGUAACUUUGCAGUUUCAAGCACUUUGCAGUUUUAAGCAAGAUUGCUUGUAUGUCAACUGAAUUCAGAUGUCUGGAUCCAGACUAGCAAAAGACACGGAUCAAGAGACACUUUUAAAAAAAGACUGCGCGAUAACGGCUUUAUUAUGCUGUAAGUACAUCAUAGUUAGAAAUACUACCUGUAUAUGAACGUUUAAAACACUAAAUAUACACGUCGAAAGGUGAAUAUGGGUACAAAGACAUGGGGGGGGGAUCACGAAAGUUAUAUGUAGUUAUGAGGGGGGAUCACUUCAAUAAAAUAACAUUUAAAGGGGGGAUCGGCUAAAUUUCAUCGUGUUUAGCCCAAAAUCCUCCGACCCCCCCCAGGCGAUAAAUAAUGACCGGUCCCUAACCGCAAACCGCGGUUAGAGGUUCGCGGUAAACUCGGAUCUAACACUCUCUAUUAUUUAGAAAAUCUCUUAUACUCGUAGUCGUUCUCGUCUCAGAAUCUAAAGGUCUCUAAAAUUAAACAGUUUGGACCUUGGGGCGGAGCCUGCAAACUUCUCUCUCUCUCUCCCAAUGCCGAGCCUACUGAAUUACUGUGUAGCCUUCCCCAGUUUACGUGACCUUUUGUUUACAUCAGUACAACACUAAUUCUCUCAAUUCUUUUGCAAGUACCGCCCAAUGCAACAACUGUAAAUACCAAACACUACGACAUUGCUCACUUCACGUGCACAGCACUUGGACAGGAUACAGUCAGAUGGAAAAGAGAGGGAGAAGAAUUGAAAGAGGAGGAUCUUGGGGUCGCCAUCCUGUCCACACUGAAAGAGACAGGAUCUUUGGAAAGCCAUUUACUUAUUGCGGUGACGAGCGACGAUUUGCGAGGAAAAUACGAAUGUUUUUCAAGCGCCGAUUCUAACGAAGCCCAGGAAACCUUUUUUAUUGGAAGUAAGAAUUUAAACAAUUAAAACAAAAUAGGGCAAAACAAAUCACUCAGGCCCCUCCCCGUCCACACGUAUCCGGAGAUUUUUGUAUCCACAAAUUUUUUUAUGCGGAUACACCUAGCGUUCACACGUGUCCGCCGUAUACGCUCGGUGUAUCCGGAGAUUUCUGUAUACGCUGUGUAUCCGGAUACGUGUGGACGCUCGUAUCCGUAUAUUUUUGUAUACGCUGACAUCACAGUAUCAGAACCAGUCUUAAUGCGCGUGCUCUGUUGACUAAUCCUUUGAGAUGUCCGGAUACGAAUCGGAUACGUGUGGACGGUCGUAUACGAUUCGUAUACGCUACGUGUGGAUGCAGAUAUUUUUGUAUCCGCAUAAAAAAAUUUGCGGAUACAAAAAUUUCCGGAUACGUGUGGACGGGGCCUCAUUCACAGUCGCUCUACACACUUCAGAAACAGAGAAAUAUUUUGAAUGAAUAAUAACUCAGGUUAAUCUCAAGUAGCGUCAGAACGCUGCUUAAUAUCAUAUUUCGCUGCUUGGAAACUUUGGUGUAUUUUCUUUCUUUCGAUCCUGAAAACUAACCUGUUAUCUCAACAGCCGUCUUAGUGCAACUUUUUUCUAAAUUUUAGCUUUUAGCGCUCUCUGUACAUCUCUACGAGAACGGCUCGACAGAAUUCUCUUUAAAUCUCACCACAUAAUCUUCACAUUACAUUCAAGACAAAACUAGCCUACGAACCGGGCAAAAAUCCGCGUUACAGGAUUCACUGUUUUGACGUUGUGCUUAUUUUUCCAAAUUAAUGCGGACCAUACAUACCUCCAUGACUAGUACAUUAUUUUAAGGUAUCAUAGCACAUUGUGUUUGAAGAGGUUUCUUUUACGCCGCGUAGACUUAUUUAGUUUUUUUCAAAAGUACAUUACCACCAUCAUCAUCAUUAUCAUUUUAUUUAUUUAUUUAUUUAUUUUUAGUUUUAAUUUUUUUGCAGAAGACCCUGAUCUCGAGGGAAAGCUAACAAAGGAAGAAACCUCGGCGAUCAUCUUGGCCUUAUCUAUCACCAUAGUUCUCGUCAGUUUUAUUGCGCUUUUUCUGUGUCGUGGAAACCGAAGACUUAAGAAAGCGCGUGCAGCAGACCUGGCAGAGAGGUCAAGAGCAAGGAAGGGUCACCAUGGUGCUCGGGUAUGUACCAACAGUUGUGAGAUGAGCACUUUUCUGAAGUUCAAACACUGCAGCGAUACAAUAAGCUUAAACAAUCGACAAGAAUACUGUACUCUUAUCGACCAUAGCAACAUCGUUCAAAAUUCAAGUUGAGUGCGAGCGGUUAGACUGCAAAGGUCUGAACAUUUUGACGUCAUUUUUAUGGUCAAUAAGAGUAUAGAUCGCAAAGUGUUGUCGAUUUGUUUUCUACAAUAAAAAAGACGGUUUCUGACGUUCAUUUUGGUUGAAGUUUCUUAAAAAAUCGCUAAUCACAAGAUCGAGAUGAAUAAAUUGCACUACCACCAUCCCGUCAUUGCCAUGGUGUAUUUAACGAAUAUAUUUUUCAUGUUACCGUGCGUCUCCUCACUACUAAUAGAUCACAGAUGACAUCAAAAUGGGGUAAGAGCAAAACAAAAUGAGACACGAGCCGCAGUUAUUUUAAAAAUGCACUUUUAAUGAGAAAGAUACAGAAUACUCUUUAUACGUGUUUUCUCAUCAUUUCAUCAUCCCAAGGGGGCAAUUGUGGAAAAGUUCAAUCGUUUAAACUGCAGUCGGGUCACAGUUCCUAACGCACACAUCUCUUUACGGACAGUUUUCCUAGUCCCAAAGAAAGAGCGAUUUUCGUUCAGUUGAUCUUAAUGAUCCCAUUACGUGGAUCUUUUUUAUUUCAGGUAAACCUCGCUGUGGAGGAAGAGAUCAUCGAAGAGAGACAACCUGGGACCGAGGUCAAGACAGAACCGGAGAAUAGAAACAACAACAGUCCCGAAGUAGUCGGAAACUAUCAUGAUCGCCCACAAUCGCAAACUGUCGGCGUACCCGAGGUUAUUGGUAGGCCCAGGCCAGAAGACGAGAGGAGCACACAAUUUUGAACAAUAGUGUCUCGUUAGAUAAGGAAUCAUUUCGUACCUGAUCAGAGGAAAUGGGAAUUUUUGCCCUUUUUCUCCCGCUCAAACUCUAAAUUAUUCAAGUGCACAAGUCAGUCAACUAAAAGCCUUUAUAAUGAAAAUCGUCCCUCUCCAGUCCGAUCUUAUCGCUUUUUCUUCUUCGGGCUUGUUUUCAUGGAGAUGGGGGACCCCAGGUAGGUGAGGUAACCCACUUAGGUGAGGUAACCCGCCUGUCCAUAUACUCUCUAAAUUUAUGUGAUCACGUUUUCAUGAUAGCUGGGGUGAUCCGCAGAAUGUUGCCUCACCUGUCUGGGGUGCCCCACCUCCAGGUAAACAGGCCUUAAGUAACAGUACUAUGGACCCCCACCGCACACUAGCAGCUACCAGCUAAGCUAAUCUGGGCGGUUCAGUCUGUCAAAUAUUAGACUGCGAUCGGACUUUUGUUUUUCUUUUGAGACACAGUAGAUAGCAUAAUUUUUCUUUUUCAAUCCCCGCGCGUGACUCUGAGAAAACUAAAGAAAAGCGCUCUCUUUGUACUUAAAUAUUUAAAAAAGGAGAAAAUGGUACGCUGAGAAGGCUUAACACCAGAUUUCGUUCAUGAAGAAUUUCUUAAUAACAAGAUCACAAGCGGACGUAAAUUCCGAGAAAAGACCUGACCCCCACAGAUUAACUUUGUGAGCGUUAAUUAUGCCAAAUAACUGCAGGAAAUUGUUCAUUACCAUCCACUUAAUAACGACUUCGUCUCGGUGAGAAAAAGAUACGUAAGGAAGAUAAGUCCCUCAUGUCCCUUAAGGUGUCGAUAACGGUGUGAAACAUCUUUACCGAUGCGAUAAUUCUGAAAAAAUUUGAAAAUAACGGGGAGUAAAAUUGAGGAGACUGAAAUAGAGAGGUCUAUUUGUAUGAGGCUGGCUCCUUUUACGAAAGAUUUUAACGCAGGCGCUUCGCCAAGGGCGCAACUACCCCGUUCGAAGAAAGCACGCCAAUAUCCUGAAAAUAUGUCGAAGAUAAGUGAAAAAACAAAAAAAAUGAAAGCCAGCGCAGGGAAACAGAAGGUUAAUGAGGACAAUGCAAUUGCCCAUGUAACUCUCGGCUUAAACUUGAGCUGCUGUGCAUGUGUGCAUGAGGAACACGAUCGCGAGACCAAGAGAAAUGGAAACUGAAUUAAAUCCCCACGAGACAACAACUUGAUUGAUGGGGUAGGGCUGAUUUGAAAAACUGUGCGCACCUCUGAAAAAUUUUUAACUUCGCCCCAGUUCGCGGCUCGCGAGCAGCAACUUAAAAAGAAACGAAAGAGAAACACUCGAAUGUUUCGUAGUCGAAGGGAAUAGAAAGCUUGAAGAAAUUCUGUGAUCGUCCUGCGAAAUAGCUUUAGUUCUUACUGGUUUUGGAAACGUUUGGUGUAAGUUAACAUGAGAUAAAAACUAUGUAUGCACUGACAUACAGUCAACGACGUUGAAUUCGUUAACUUAGUAGAAUCUUGGUGUUACUUCAAGACCAUAUCUUCGCGCUAAUUUUGCAUGUGGUUGCCUGUUUUAAAUGGCAUUUUACAAUGAGAAAGUGAUAAAAUAAAUUAUUUGAACUGUCAAGCUCAUAAGUACUGUGUAAAAUAAAGAAAAAGUAUUGUAUUUUUUACAGGAAACCC